AUGCCUUUCACCAAGCUGGUCAAGAACGACGCCUACUUCUCGCGCUACCAGGUCAAGUACCGCCGUAGACGCUCGGGCAAGACCGACUACUACGCCCGCAAGCGCUUGAUCACCCAGGCCAAGAACAAGUACAACGCCCCCAAGUACCGCCUGGUCGUCCGCUUCACCAACCGCGACAUCAUCUGCCAGAUCGUCACCUCCGAGAUCACUGGUGACAAGGUCUUCUGCGCCGCCUACGCCCACGAGCUCAAGGCCUACGGCAUUGAGCACGGUCUUACCAACUGGGCUGCCGCCUACGCCACCGGUCUCCUGAUCGCUCGCCGUGCUCUCCACAAGCUCGGCAUCCAGGAGUCUUUCACUGGUGUUGAGGAGGCUGAUGGCGAGUUCACCCUGACCGAGGCCGCUGAGGUCGACGGUGAGGAGCGCCGCCCCUUCAAGGUCUACCUCGAUGUCGGUCUCACCCGCACCUCCACUGGUGCCCGUGUCUUCGCCGCCAUGAAGGGUGCCUCCGACGGUGGUCUUUACGUCCCCCACUCCGAGAAGCGUUUCCCCGGUUUCGACAUUGAGACCAAGGAGCUCGACUCCGAGACCCUCCGCAAGUACAUCUUCGCCGGCCACGUCGCUGAGUACAUGGAGACUCUUGCCGACGACGAUGAGGAGCGUUACAAGUCCCAGUUCCAGGGCUACAUUGACGACGACAUCGAGGCCGACGGUCUUGAGGAGCUCUACCAGGACGCCCACAAGCAGAUCCGCGAGGACCCCUUCAAGAAGGAGGAGGGUGCUGGCGAGAAGAAGUCCAAGGACUUCUGGAAGGAGGAGUCCAAGAAGUACCGCGACAACAAGCUUACCAAGGCUGAGCGUGAGGCCAAGGUCCAGGAGAAGAUCAAGGCUCUCUCCGCUUAA